AAAAACAAAAAUAGAGGGCCAAAGCAGAGGGUACCCGGACGAAUUUCCCAUUUUUUAUUACUCCAAAUCUUCUAACCGAACUUCCCGCUAGAUAGUAGAUACCUUCUUAUCACAUCUCUCGACCGUAAAACAACGCAGUCUUCUUCCUCCUCCUCUCCCUCUAGGCUCUAGCCACAGCUUAAGCAGUUAAGCAGAUCCAUUCUUAACUUCUAAACUAAUCCUUUCAUUUAAUUACAUGUUAUCAAUUCUUCAACCAGUUCUUCAAUAUUAUUAUAGUUGUCCGGCGAAUAGUAAAACAAUUAUACUUGAUGUUAAUUAAAUUCGGUUUUCAGAUAGUUUGACUUAAUUUUGGUGUAGUCGAAUCAAUAUUUUGUAUGUUUCUUGAAAACAUGGGUAAUGCCCACUACUUGUUCGACGAAAUGUCUGACCAAGUCCGAGAUGUAUUCUCGAGUACUUCACUCCUGGUCAAAUGGGAUUGCAAUUUGCAGCCCAAUAAGAGGCGUUCUCAUUCAAGUCAAUGGAAAACAGCAUCAGGUUGUACUACUCCCCUUGUAUUUAUUUUGUGGUUCCACCACGACUUUUACACUUGCCAAUGCGCAACUGUGACAAAUCCAACAAUAUCUUACAUGAUUUUAUGUCGAAGUGGGUUAUGUAAAUAGUGUAAAAAAGUGGAACAACUAAAUAAAAGCGGAGUUCUCAAUCUCAAUUAUCACUACAAAAGAAAGCAAGAAUAAUUACAAAAACACUGCAAGUAAGAGAGUAGCAGUAUAUCAGCAAUUCAGAUUGGUACUCAUUAAUCAUUCACACUUCUCUUUUCUCUUUCCCCCUUAUCAAACAAACUAAUGGCUGAAAGCUUUAUCGCUGAAGCAGCUAUGGCAGUCCUCACAGGAGUGCUUGGUCGCGCAGCCGAAGAGGUCAAGCUUUCGUGGAACUCCAAAAAGGAUUUUGUAGAGCUUGAGAAUAAGCUGAAGAGGAUUCAUAUGCUCUUAAGUGGUGCUGCUGAUAAGAGAAUUAAUAAUCCUUUAGUUGAUGAUUGGCUUAGUAAAGUGAAAAAUGUGGCCUAUGAAGCUGAUGACUUGCUUGAUGAGCUUGCAUAUGAAGCUCUUAAGCGAAGAUUGAAGUUUAAAAAUCAGUCCCAGUUGGGGAAAAAGCUUCGAUUUUUCUUCAAUUUAAGUAGUAAUCCAAUUGUGUUUAGCUUUCAAAUGGGUCAUAGAGUGAAGCACUUGAUGGGUUGUAUAGAAGAUGUUUUUAAAGAUGCUCAAGUGCUUGGCAUAAAACCAGUUGAUUUAGUAGGAGGUCCUAGCAGAAAUGUGCCUGUAUUGGAAGAUGUACAACUGAAGGUCCAGCGAGAAUUAGUCGCUGGCCGGGGGCUCAUUGGAAGGGAUCAAGACGAAGCCAAUAUACUGAGGACAUUGUGUUACCCUGGGAAUGCUGACAGAGAUCUGAAUGUGGUCGGAAUCGUUGGAAUGGCAGGCCUUGGAAAGACAGCUUUGUCCAAGCGAAUAUUUGACAGAGAUGAAGUAAAAAAGCAUUUCUACAAAAGAAUAUGGGUGUGUGUAUCCCAUGAUUUUGAGGUGAAGGGAAUUUUGGAAAAAAUGGUUGAACUCGUUGAUGACGAAACAUCUACAAGGUCAAGUUAUCAAGCAAUGGUAGCUAAACUUGAAAUUAAGUUGAGAGGAAAAAGAUAUCUACUGGUGCUAGAUGAUGUCUGGGAUACAAUAUUAAGUGUAUGGGAAUCCUUCCGUAGCAUGUUGCUAGAUAUUGGUGGGUCUAGAGGAACAACAGUUCUAGCUACAUCUCGCAGUUCCCAGGUAAUUGCGACCAUGCAGAUACAUAAUGGCGUUCAAGCUUUGACAACUCCGAAUGGAUCUCUUAUUUAUCAACUAAAGGGCCUAAACUUCAUUGACAGCUGGUCCCUAUUCCAGCAAAGAGUACAACAUAUCAAAGAUGUGGCUAGAGCAAAAAAGAUGGUCUUAAAGUGUGGAGGCAUCCCUUUAGCUAUAAAUGUUUUGGGGGAUUUAUUAAGGCACAGGUCUUUGGAAGAGUGGAAGGACAUUGAAGAAAGUGAGCUGUGGAAGUUGGAAGAUAACAAUGGAAUCUUGCCUUCUCUGCACUUAAGCUUCAGUUAUUUACCAUCUGCAGCAGUAAAAAAAUGUUUUGUUUAUUGUGCUAUUUUCCCAGAGGAUGCCACUAUUAGAAGGGAAUACUUGAUCCAACUUUGGAUGGCCCAGGGCUUCUUGCAGCCAUAUGAUAAAAUGGAGAAGACCGGUAACGAAUAUUUCAAUAUUUUGUUAAACAACUCCUUUUUGCAGGAUGUGGAGUUCGAUAAAAAUGGCAGGGUAGAAAGGUGUAAGAUGCAUGAUGUUGUCCAUGCUCUUGCAAAGGCUGUUGCAAGACAAGAGUACUUGACACUUUCAGGAAUCGUUAAUAUGACCAAGAUUUCCUCUGAUGUUCGCCAUGUGUGUUUUCUAACUGAAGAGUCUCCUACCCCAAAACUGAAGGAGAAGCUACGCACAGUAAUGUUUGAAUCUUUAUACAUUGGAAAGCUCAACAAUCUGCUGAUGCAUGCGAAGUGCCUACGGGUCUUAAGUCUAGUAGAUGCUGGUCUAUUUAAAUUGCCUGAUUCGAUUGGGUGCUUCAAGCAUUUGAGGUACCUAGAUAUAUCUGAAAAUGACAUUAUGGAGUUGCCUUCUUCAGUUGGUGAGCUCUACCAUUUACAGACCUUGAGGCAUUUAUGUUUCAGAGUGCGAUACUUUUCUACAUAUCCUACACUGCCCAAAGAACUAGGUAAACUUGUCAACUUAAGAUGUAUUUGCACCAAUAGAUAUUCUUUUAAAGACUUUUCCCUGUGCAUACUAUUGGAAGCCAAUACAAAAACAUCACAAAGGCUUGACCAGCAUCAAAAGUGGGGUAUGAGAAUCAGUGACAUAAGCUCUUUGAAUAACAUCAGGGGAAGCUUGGCACUUUGGUAUCUUGAACAUGUUUCAAGCAGGGAAGAAGCGAAAAAGGCAAGCUUGAUGACUAAAGCAAACAUUCAGCACUUAGAUCUAACAUGGUCCUACAAUGCUAGUUCCCUCACAAACUCUGAAGAGGUGCUCGAAGAGCUGCUGCCUCAUGAAAAUCUAAAGUUCCUUAACAUUUGGUACUAUAAUGGCCAAGUAGCACCGUCGUGGUUGAUGGAGAUGAGACCUUCAAGAGGGCCACAUCUUUGCAAUCUUGUAGAGAUGAAAGUUUACUACUGCCGUAAUCUCAAGCGGCUGCCAGCGUCUCUUAUCUUUCCGUCUCUGAAGGUAUUGGUUGUCUGGGGCUGUGAUAAUCUAACAUCUUUUCCAGAUUUGCACACCAUGGAAUCUAUUGAAAUAUUGAAGAUAGGAAGAUGCCCUCUUAUUGAAGAUUUACCUAAUAUAGAGCCCUUAACCAAUCUGCGCAGUUUGGAAAUACAUAACUGUGCAAGACUGACUAGGCUGCCUGAGGGAUUUGCUAAUCUUGGUAAUCUCGCAGAACUGGACAUUGGUCCAUUAUGUAGAGAGCUCGACUUUUUUCCGUUCCCAGACAUAAGUGAUUCUUGUGGGCUCACCAAAUCCCUUCAAAAACUGUCUUUGAUAGGCUGGUCUAGCGUAGGAAAUCUACCUAACCAACUUAGCCAUUUUACUGAGCUUCAAACACUCGGCAUAGGCAGCUUUGGUAGCUUGAAAACUCUACCAAGUUGGCUGGGAAAUCUCACAUGUUUGGAAAUUGUACAUCUUCAGCAAAUGGAGAAUCUAAUAUGCUUACCUUCCAGAAAUUCCAUGCUGCGAGCCUCGAGAUUUCGUGGAUUCUUCACGAAUCCUUUCCAAUGUCCUAAGUUGAGCAUAUCUACAGAUCUUUUGACGGUUCUUCUGUAUUAAAAUAUUUGUAGAUUGUAGAUUUUAAGAAAAGAGAUAUUUCACUAAUUGCAUCCUCAUGAUUAAUCACUAGUAAUUCUUCACUUUUUUGCUAAUGCUGAUAUUCAUCAGUUCAUUUUUGUAGAUGGUGAAAGACCAUAGUAAUAAGACUCUUAUCAUUACCAAA